CAACCAAAGAUCCACGGAUCAUUUCUGUACUGAAGAGAUCACUGAAAGCAAUCUGAGAUACAAUGACUGCCACCAGGAACCUUGCCAUUAUGGCUGCUUUGAUCUCACUGUUUGCAUUUAACAUGUCAGCAUUUGCCGCAAAAGUAGACUGCUGUAUCGGUCAUUCGAGCAGACCGGUGCCAGUUGGAGCUAUCACUGGCUAUGUGCAUCAAGAAUCCAAUGAAAUGUGUGAUAUAGAUGCCAUCAUAUUCUACACUGUCAAACGACGAGAAAUAUGUGCAAACCCAAAUGCUGGUUGGGUGAAACGAAACUUGAAAAAUUUGAGCAAAAGAUUGGAACAAAUGUCUCAAAAAUAUUGAGCUUCACCUCAACAAAUUAAAGCAGCUGGAUUUGUUUUGCUUUAGAAAAGCUUCCCUGCAUAGCAUCUUCGUGUCGUUGUAGCUUAUUAAGAACAAAGCACGUUUGCAUUGGUAGUAUUUGCUGAGUAAGCUGUUUAGUUUAAUGAUCCAUUGGAUAUGAAUAUGAAAUUUAAACACAAUGUAAUGUAUACAAUGUGAAGUGUGACAUAUUCUGGGGUCUAUGAAUAAAUGAGAAAAUCAUUUGCAUU